UCUCUGAUUUUGAAUGAUGCAGACAGAGCCAACGUCUUCUCCAAGUUUCAGUGCUCACUCUUCCGACUCUUUCUUUCACAUCGCUAAUAGAGUCGUCCGCGAACACCGCAGCGACACCCACGAUACUCUUUGCCAACAAAACGACGACGCUGACCCGGUCGAUGACUUCGAGUUCUCUUUCGUUUUCGGUCACACAGACUCCUCACCUGCCUCAGCCGACGACAUUUUCUGCAACGGCCAAAUCAGACCUUUCUACCCUCCCUUCCACCAUGACCCUGCGCCGCAUCUCUUCUCCGCUACGUCCCUUCCCCUUGAAACGACACGUCGUCCGCGUUUGCCUUUGAAGACGCUGAUGUUGGAGGAGCGAGAGACCGUGGACGGCAGCAACGAUCUCGAAGGCGUGGCUGAAGGAACGUACUGUGUGUGGACCCCGCCCUGCAAGAAGACAUCCGCAUCGCCCAAGCGGUGGAGGUUUCGGGACCUUGUGCCUCGGAGUCACAAUUGUGGUCAGAAGGACUCGCUUCUUUUUGUGGGUCCCUCUAAGAGGACCAGCAAGGUGGUGCCUAAGCAUGCUUCCGCCCAAAACAGUGGUGGCGCCGCCGCAAAGCUGGUCGGAUUUUUCACUAACGCCAAUGGAAUUGGUCGGAGUAAUUUUCAAUCAUUUUCAAGCUAGUGCAGAUUGAAGUGGAUGACAUGUUUUCGUGGGGUAACUCUGUACUUAAUCUGGUCAAUAAUUAACCCAGUUUAUCAUUACAGGAAAACAAAAAUGUAUGGAUGACUUAAC